UACCAGCUGUUUGUCUUCUUCUUCCAACAACAUUCAUAGCAAAAAUUAAAGAAAAAGUGUAAAAUCUUUUAAAAACCACUUAAGGAAUAUAAGGAAAUGGCACAAGUAGCUUUUCUGGACAACCUCCUCAGGGAAUAUCUAGUUUUCCGUGGAUUCUCGGGCACCUUAAAGGCUCUCGACCUGGAGCAGCGCACUGAAAAGGACCAACAUUUCCGGGCGGAGAGGCUUCUGGAGCAAUUUAACAAUGCUGUGCAAAAUUCCGAUCUUCAGGCUCUAAGGAGCUUGUGGUUCCACCUGGACAACAACAUAUUCUCUAAGUUGGAGCACACCUACGCCGUGGCUGUCAAGAAACUCGAAAACAGCCUCCUUAAAUACUAUCUGGUGACCGCGCAUACCAGCAACCGUCCCGACAAGGUGUCCGAGUUCUUCAACAAGUUGGCUAGUGACCUGCAGCAGCAGAGCGAGUGGAAGGAUUGGUUCUACUUCCCCUUCUGUAAGAACGCCGAGGAGUCGCCCACCUUUGCCCUGUUCUUCACCAAGCAGUGGCAGGAUACUUUGAUGCUUUCGCUGCGAAACUUCCUGACCACUGUUUACCAGUGUCUGCCCCAGCCCACAUUUGUGCGGGCGGAGCAGGAGGCGGCCCACAUGCAACGCCUCAGCGAGGACAAUGCCGGACUACGUGCUCGCCUCCUCAACCUGCAGCAGGAGCUGCAUCAGCUGACCCAACAGCAGCAGGGGGCGGCUGCCUCCGGAACUAGCGGAGGAUCCAUUGGCGACGGUGGCGCUCGACGACGCAGCGUCUAUCGCCAGCAGCAGAGCCUGAGCGACAUCCUGCCCUUCGAUAUCAGUCCACCGGGCCACAUCGUCGACGAUUUCUGCAUCAUUGCCACAGAGGCGAACAGCGUGAGCCAGGCCAGCGACGCCCAAGCCCGGAGCCUCAAGCAGCUCAUCCGUAACAUAGGAUCUGGAAGCUCGCCUGUAAUGGGACGGAAGGACCAGGCAGCCAGUUCCCUGGGCGACAAGUCUACCAAACGCAGGUCCGGCAGCGUGGGACGCAGUUGGAUUUAAAAAGAUAAGUAACUAAGUUAUGCUACCACUAUAUUUCCAGCGAGUAACAUGUAAUUCCGAUCAAAGUUUGAUACUAUAGGUUUGAAAUUAGUUAACAUUUUACACGACUGUACGCAAGCUUCUUUAUUUAAAAUAGUUUAAAAGUAUUUCAAUUGAAUCAAAAAGCUAUAUUCCCAAAUAUUUUAGUUUAAGAGACACCUUAAUUAUAAAUUGACAUUAAAGAUAAACAUAAUUUAAAGAUGCAGUUUUUUAUGUUUUGUCGAAAAUUGAAUUGUCAAUUAAACUCAGUUGUUUGAUGGUCCAAAGGGGCACUUAAGCAUUUGUCUAAGCGGUAAACAACAUUUCCCAGAUCUAGAGUAGCAUCUAGACAAAUAGACCCGCCAAGAAAACAACUACCAAGGGUUUCCAAGUGUGUUAUUCAAUGUGUUUAAUUUUUAAGCGAUUCUCAUCAGUUCGUAGGCGUACAAGUGUUGUACUACAAAACAAAGAGCAAUGCGUGUAGCGUAAUACAUAAUUGCAAUAAAUAACGUAAAAUUACAAAUAAAUAUAUUGUAGGUGUACA